AUGUUUAUGGAAACAGGAACUGUAUAAUAUUAGGAAUAUCUCUUAACUCUAAAAAUGAUGCCCAUAAAGCUCUAAAUUAAUUUAAUUAUCCACUUUUCAAAGGAAGAUAGAAUUUGA